AAAUUGACGCCGAAAAAGCCCAAAAUAGGAAAACACGUGGACAAUCUCAAGAGAAACACAUUUACAAUCACCACACAUAUCGGGAUAAUAGCGUCGGUUGUAUUCGUCAUGAAGAAUUACAACUUAGUUUAUUAACUGCUCUUACAGUCCAGUUGAUGGCAGAUGAAGAAGAACCAGAGCUGAUCUCAGACUGUGUGGAACAGUCUAUGGUCCUGGACUGUGACCUGCAGAUCUGUCCCCUCUGAACUAAACACUGUGACUUCAUGUGGUCUGGAUGUGAGGUUGUCCUGCAGGUUUAACUCCGACAGGGGAACUUCCUGCAGACAAAUGAUAGCACUGACGAGGAUUUAUUCUCAGCUGCUCCUCCUGCAGCGACCCUGCGCACGGAUCUGGCAGACCACCACCAGGUCCACCAUCUGCAGACCCACACCCCUCCACACACCUGUCCAUGCAGCUGCAGCUUCAAACACCCUCCGAAUCACAGGAGCUCCUAUCCUGCAGUCCAGAGCAUUUGGCCUCUCUGCCUGCAGUUUUAAAUACACUGAUGACUUCAGCCAUGGAGGAUUUACAGACGAGGAUGAGGAAGAUGAAGAUUUUAUUGAAGACAGUGAGGUGGAGGAGCUGUUCCUGGAACAGGUUCCCAAAGGGAUCGGAGAGGGACAGCACAGGAUCUUCAUCGUCCACCCAGAUGUGAAAUGGGGGAGCAGGAAACAGUACCUGACCACAGCUGAGCUGAUGAUGGCCGAGGCCGUGGGGCUGGUGAACACCUUAGACAACUGGACAGUCGUGGAUAAGAUCAUCCUGUCCACCAAGACACCAGAGAAGAAGAGGAUUUUUGGCAAAGGGAACUUCCAGUCUCUUACAGAGAAAAUCAGACAAACAGCAGGAAUCACUGCGGUGUUUGUCAAUGUCGAGCGUCUCUCUCCGUUGUCGGAGAGGGAGUUUGAAGAAGCCUGGGGGUUGAAAGUCUUUGACAGGUACUCGGUGGUCCUCCACAUCUUCCGGUGUAACGCCAGAACCAAGGAGGCAAAGCUACAGAUCUCUUUAGCAGAAAUCCCUCUGUUGAGAUCUUGUCUGAGGAAUGAAAUUGCAAAUUUGGAUCAGCAAGGUGGAGGAACAAGAUACAUCGGUGGUUCAGGUGAAACACUGCUGGAGGUCCAGCAGAGACUGCUAAAGGAGCGGGAAAUGAAGAUUCGCUCAGCGCUGGAGAAACUGAGGAAAAAGAGACACCUACGACGAUCUCAGCGGAAACACAAAGAGUUCCCCAUAGUCUCAGUUUUAGGAUAUACAAACUGUGGAAAAACAACUCUGAUCAAAGCACUUACUGGUGACAGUGGUCUUCAGCCCAGAAACCAGCUUUUUGCCACCCUGGAUGUUACUAUGCAUGCCGGCCAGCUGCCCAGUCACAUGACAGUCCUGUACGUGGACACCAUCGGCUUCCUGUCCCAACUGCCCCACCAGCUCAUCGACUCCUUCUCCGCCACUCUGGAGGACAUCAAACACUCUGACCUGUUGAUUCAUGUCCGAGACAUCAGUCAUCCAGAGACGGUGAAUCAGAAAGUGAAUGUACAGAACAUCCUGAAGAACCUCCAAAUCCCUGACAGACUGAUGAACUCCAUGAUAGAAGUCCACAAUAAAAUCGACCUUAUUGAUAACUAUCAGUGUGUAGAGCCUGAUGCUUUCCCCAUAUCUGCCUUGGAAGAACGUGGCCUUGCUGAGCUGAAGAAUAAAGUGGAAAAGGAGAUCGUAGCCUCGACAGGAAAACACAUUUUAGAUCUCAAAGUUGACCUCAGUACUCCACAGUUAAGUUGGUUGUACAAGGAGGCCACAGUUCAGGACGUGAAUGUGAUUGCAGAUGAAGGUUCAGCCAUCGUCAGGGUCAUCAUCAGCACUGCAGCUUAUGGACGCUACAAGAAACUGUUCACAUGCAGAUAAAUAGUAAAGCAUGGAAGAGAGAAAGCUUUACCCUGGAAAAAUAUACCAGAUAAGCAUGGAUAAAUGUUCUUCCAAACAACCAAAGAAUCAUGUUUAUGGAGUUGUAUUAUAUAUUAGAUUAGAUUACAAAUGUACAAUACUUUCAAUGAAAAACACUUGAACUGAAUGUAAAAAACAGAAUUGUUCAAAACAAUUUAUUUAAUGUAAAACUCACUGUAGAUAAAAGUACAUUAAAAGUAGAAAUGAGGUAGCAGUUUUCAGCUCAGAUUUGGUUGAAUAAAUCUUCAUGACUAACA